AUGAAUGAAGUUAACCUUGUCAAUUACCUGCUACCAAUGUCUUCAGAUAUUUCUCUUAUCGAUAAUGACACCAUCAAUGGCGAGCGGAUGCUGAAUAGCUUAGAGUUACUUUAUACCAAAACCUCGGCACCUGCGGAGCCUGAAACAAAAAUGCAUGGCAGUUCUCCCCCUAAAGGACCUUCAUUGUUACGACGGAUUUGUGGAGAACUUAAGAAGCGACCAAUAAUCUUGGUUCCGUCACAAGAUACGCACUGGAAUCAAGGCUGCAUUGACAUACGAAAUUUCAAGUCCAUUCUCGCUAGUCCCGUCUGUCCAAUUCAAGACAGUGACGAAAUGAGGCUGACAGCUAUGCUGAAUAUCAAAGGGAAUCCGGUGAAGAUAUGUGUGCUACCUUUGUCACAAAUUGUCAAAUUCCGAGAUCAAGACUGGGAGUAUGUUAUCAGCGUAAUUUUAACAGGAGCGGAUUGGGAAUGGAAUCAAAUAGGAGGCGCUUUUCUUGAUGGCAAGUUGCGAAACAAUAUAAAACUAUGGUUCAUCAAAGAAUCUGAAGCCUCGAUACCGAAAUUCAUACAGACAGAAUCGGAGAGAAUCAAUAUCCUCAACUGCGGUAGAGAUACCACCCACGCGUCAGACUUUUGGAUGAACAUGACGGAGCACUUGUGCUCGCGAUAUGAAGCGGAUGACAAUAUGGAUUUCUGA